AGAAAUUCUGAAAAUUAUUACCAAGCAUUUUUUUUAGCUGCAUUCAUCUCAACCUCUCCUUCCAGGAUUUCAUGGGUCACAGGGAGGAGAAAAAUGUUCGGAGGUCUGUUCCUCAGUUCGGAGGAUGGGAUCAAAAUGGCCCAGAUCCUACAAACUACACCGUGGUGUUCACCCAAGCUCGUGCUAACAGGAAGCAAAACAAGACAGACUUGACUGAGUUCAAGCGCAACAGCCUGGGGAAUGAACAGGAAUUCUUGGCUGCUCAUUCUCAACAUGGUCAUCAUCAACAAGACGAUUCUGUUAUGAGGAAAAAGACGAUUCUGACCUACAUAAAUUGCUGUAUUAGGCCUUGAUUUCCUAAGAAUGGGAGUAAUUUAUCCAUUCCUGUCCUUCGUAAUCUAUUAUCGACAUGUAAUCUUAUAGACAAGACUCGUUCAUCAAUCUUUGAGUGAGCAAUAUACAUUCUAUUUUAGCCUAUACUGUUGGAUUUGUUUGUACUCAUUCAUUGUGAACAAAGUAAAAUAGAUAAGAAAGAAUAGAAACCAUAUCAUACAAUGACGGGAUAAUUUCCUAAGCUUCUUUUAAGGGAGUCGAAUCAUGAUUGACGCUCUGUGCA